AAAUUUUUUCUCCUUUUUGUUCUUUUAAGGGAGAAGGAGAGGGUGGCGCGGCCGGUGGAGUGGAGGGCCGAGUGACAUAAACCAUGCGCGGAGCAAAGUGAAGAGAGAAGGUGGGGGUAGUGGCACAAUAAUUAUUUUUUUAGAAGGAAAAUCCAGUAACAGAAUCGAGAGCUCAACCGAGUUCCCCCCCCCCCCCCUCUCAACUUUCAACUACAGUUUUCUGCUUUCUCGUGUGGUAGUAGAUACUUUUCUAACCCUCCUAGUACUCCCACUGAGUCAGGGCGGAGUAAAAUCAAAGAAGAAAAAUAGAAUGAGGAGUGAGCGGCAGAUGGUUUCGAGAAUUGGAGAAACAGAAGAGAGUUGGUAAAGCCUAAGCGCAGCACCCAGGCGUCUAAAUGGCGGCAUCAGCCAGCGCCUAUUGCUGCCUUACCACGACUACUGCUGCUGCUGCUGCUGCUACUACGACACCCGACCGCCGAAUUCUUCAUAGGAUAAGCGUGGGACCCGCCUUCCGCAUCCACUAUCAUCACCCCGCCACCAAAUCUAGGCUCCUCACUAUACGAGCUCCUCCUCCUCCUUCGGAUUCACUCACCUGCCGCUGCAACAGCACCACCAAGCCCGAUGUUCAUGUCUUCUCAGUUACUCCUGCCACCAACUCCGAUGUAGACUACCUUGGCCAGAGCACUAAAGGCGACUUGAACAUCAACGUUGGAAGUGGUGGGCAGGCAGCCUUGGAAGGUCCCAUCGAAAAGGUGGCCUGGACAGAAGCUCGAGAUGCCGAAGACUUGCUUCAACACUUGGGCAUACCGGAACCUACCUAUGCUCCAACUUUGUUCAACGCAUCAACUACAUCUUGGUUGGCAUGUGCACUUUUCAUAGGUCCAUUUUCUGCUAGCAAUUCUCCCCGAGGGAUAUUUUGCAGCCGCACGUUGAAUCUACGGUCUAUCAGUGCAAUUGGGUAUGACAUGGACUACACGCUGAUGCACUAUAAUGUCAAGGCAUGGGAAGGAAGGGCUUAUGACUAUUGUAUGGUUAAUCUGAGAAAUAUGGGCUUUCCUGUUGAUGGACUUGCUUUUGACCCAGAACUGGUGAUUAGAGGACUUGUAAUAGAUAAAGAGAAAGGCAAUUUGGUUAAGGCUGAUCGAUUUGGAUAUAUUAAAAGAGCCAUGCACGGCACAAGAAUGCUAUCUACUCGUGAAUUAAGUGAGAUGUAUGGGAGGGAACUGGUAGAUUUGCGGAAGGAGAGCCGAUGGGAGUUCCUCAACACACUGUUCUCUGUUUCAGAAGCAGUGGCUUUUAUGCAGAUGGUUGAUAGAUUGGACGAUGGAUUUAUAGCAGCAGAUAUAGGUCCACUUGAUUAUAAAGGGCUUUACAAGGCUGUUGGGAAGGCACUCUUUAGGGCACAUGUCGAAGGUCAGCUGAAGAGCGAGAUAAUGUCCAAGCCUGAACUAUUUGUUGAACCUGAUCCUGAGCUUCCAUUGGCGCUGGUAGAUCAAAAAGAGGCUGGCAAAAGGCUCUUGCUCAUCACCAAUUCAGACUAUCAUUAUACAGACAAAAUGAUGCAGCAUUCGUUCAAUAGAUUUCUUCCCAAUGACAUGAGCUGGCGUGAUCUGUUUGACAUGGUCAUUGUCUCAGCCAGAAAGCCAGAAUUUUUCCAGAUGUCUAACCCAAUGUAUGAGGUAGUGACUGGUGAAGGUUUGAUGCGUCCCUGUUUCAAGACUCGUCCAGGGGGGUUGUAUUCUGGAGGAAGCGCACAGAUGGUUGAGAAUUCACUCAAUAUUCAUGGAGAUGAGAUCUUGUAUGUUGGUGAUCACAUAUACACUGAUGUAAGCCAAUCAAAAGUCCAUCUUAGAUGGAGGACAGCAUUGAUUUGUCGAGAACUAGAAGAAGAGUACAGUGCUUUGAUUAGGAGUCAUGGUCAUCGAGCAAAGUUGAUAGACCUUAUAAAUCAGAAGGAGGUAGUAGGAGAUCUCUUUAACCAACUUCGGCUUGCAUUGCAGCGAAAAUCCAAGGGGCGUCCUGCUCAGACGUUGGCUGCCACCCUUAUGGACGACAAAGAACUCACAGAUAGCAUGCAAAAGUUGCUUGUUGUAAUGCAAAGGCUUGAUCAAAAAAUUGCCCCGAUGCUGGAAGCUGAUGGGGAACACUUCAACAGAAGAUGGGGUUUUCUUUCACGUGCUGGUCUGUGGGACAAAAGCCACUUAAUGAGGCAGAUUGAGAAGUAUGCUGAUAUUUACACCUCUAGAGUUUCAAAUUUUCUCCACUACACACCUUUCAUGUACUUCCGGGCCCAGGAACAGUUUGCUCAUGGGCAUGUCUGACGCGCUGAUGUUUGAUCUCCUGGUGCAGUCUCUUGCUCAUGAUUCAUAUUCAUUCCGUCAUCUACAGAUUGAUAGAUCAGCUGAUGACAAGAACAACGCCUUUCCUAAGUAGCUUUUUUCGACUGGUUAUGAUGUUUCAAGAAAAACGAUACUAAGAAGGAAAUGGAUUUGAGAUAAUGAUGUUGUAUUGAGGUUAGUUGUAGCCUGUAGGGUUUGCUUUGGAAGGACCAUGGCCAGGUUCAGAAGAGGAAACUGCUGUUUCCACAUACUUGUUCACGGGCUUUGCUGGGAGGAGACUGGAUAAACGCGGGUUUCACUUGUUUGCGAUUCUUGAAUGGAAAUUAAUACAAAUUUAAGAAAUGUAUUUACGAGUUGUCCA